AUGGCCAAACCCACGCGUUUUGCGGCUAACACUGAGCCGCUACACAUAUUCCAGGACGAAUUCUACGAACAACCAGCACCGUCUAUCAGCCGAGCACCGAUGCCUUCCGUUGGCAAGCAAUCCUCUCCGCGCCGAGCACUGCAGGCUUCUAGUGGGAACGUGAUAUUCAAUCCCCCCAACGGGUACCAAAAGCAGCACUCACCGUUCAAAGCGACUGGGCGCGCCACCGCCUCUCCUUUGGGCCCCCUCAAUUCUUCCCAUGGCACCAAGCUGAAUGCUGUUUCUAUACUACCACCAUCAUCCCAGGAGCAGGCAACUACGGACUCGAUGCUAAAGAAGCAACCAAUGAUGUCAAGAUUCAAGACAGUUAUUCAGAAGCCGACGGGUGAAGCGAGCGCCAACUAUGGAAAGGAGAAUGUUCAUCCAACGUUAUAUCCGGCACCAUCAACCUUCAAUCUGAACUUGGAAAACUAUUAUCAAAACGCACCACCGAGGAAGCGCGCUUUACUGGAGGCCGCACCGAUCCAGGACUCCAGACCGAUGAAGAAAAGCAAAUUGGAAGAAUCUCCUCUACCGCCUCCACCGCCUCCCGACUCAUUCCCCACAAUUAAGGACGACGGCACGAAGCCUAGCCACAGCUAUGCCCAACUUAUCGGCAUGGCCAUUCUACGUGCCCCUCAAAGGCGACUGACUCUAUCACAAAUCUACAAGUGGAUUUCAGAUAAUUAUUCGUUCUACAAUGCGAAUGAUGCGGGUUGGCAAAACAGUAUCAGGCAUAAUCUUUCUCUGAACAAGGCCUUUAUCAAACAGGAGAGACCGAAGGAUGACCCUGGCAAAGGCAACUAUUGGGCUAUAGAGCCUGGAAUGGAACAUCAAUUUAUGAAAGAAAAGCCCAGCAGGAAAUCUAGCACCAGCAUGGGCAACGCCCCUUUCAUGUCCAGUCGUGUUGAACCUGCACGUCUGGAGCCUACUGCUUUCCCCGAUAGUCUCCCGUCUCUGCCUCCGGUGCUCCCGGCCCAGUCCCACGAAAGUAUUCAUGACUCGAUGUCAUCACAAGCUCCUAUCCAGUCUGUGCAUGAAGUUUCAUCAGAUGCCACUAUUCCUCUAUCCGAUAAUGCUGCCCCGGAUGACCAACCGGACAAGAGCCAGGAACAGAGUCUCCCCGCAGAGAUAAGCACGUGUUCUCCACUCCCCGCCACGAUGCAUUCUUCACCUCCUAUUCCCCGUCGUUUAGAAGCUCGUAGUAAUACUCCGCCACCCAUGAAGAGAGAGGCUCCUUCCUCCGGUCCACGCAAACGCACCCACGGUCGCAAACAUGCUUCGAUGGAUGCAUCUAUGGAUGAUAGUGGAUACAUCUCGUCCUUGGAGUCUUCAGUUAUGCGUCCUAAGGGUACUCGACUACUUAGCUCGGGAACUGAUCGUCCUCGAAUCAAGCGAGGACGAGCAGAAGAGGAGAUUGCUAGACUGCGCGCUUCGUCCUAUGAUAGCCCUACCAAGGGACGUUCAUUUGACUUCCCCCCUCCAUCUUCGUCCCCAUUACGGCAGGCUAAAGAGGCUGGCCAAAUGCUACCCCCCUUAACUCCAGCUGUCAAGAUCAAGCCACCACCGAAGCCGCCUGCUUCUGUUUCACCAAACACGAACCUUCGCCUACACCGAGAGAAUGUCCGAUCCAUGCUCAAUUCACCUCUUCGUCGUGUUAGCAGCUUGGACGAUGAAAUAAUUCCGUGGAGCCCGGCAUUCCGGAUGGACGAUUCGCUCUUUAAUAUAAAUGACUUCAUCAAUGAUCAAAAUGACUUCGACGUAUACCAAGAUGCGUCCCUUGAUCCUUUCUUCUCCGCUGCAGAUAACGGCUCUCCUAUGAAGCGCUCAGCUAGGAAAAUCUGCUUUGACAGGUCUAGUUCCGCUCACGCUUUAAAUGAUAUCACCAACUCAGUCUCCAAGAGAUCGAUCACAUCGGCUCCUUUGCUGAAGGUCUCGGGUUCAACCCCUUUGGCUUAUGAUACUCCGAGCAAGCUACUCGAGGGGCUUUCCCCUCCUGCCAAGCUGUACCUGCAGUCUCCUACAAAGAACAUGUCUCCUACCAAAAAUGCGUGGAUGAACAUGGAUGACUUUUGCACUACUCAAUUCUUUGAAGAAGGAGGGGUGGAUGAAGUGGACGAAGGUGCGGGCAUGGAUAUCCUUCAAGGCUUCGAGCGAAUUGGUGGUAGCCAGCCCCCUGCCGGGCUAUCCUUAUCCAAAGGCUCGAAACCGUCUCUCAGCCGAAGCUUUAGCACAACAUUCUAA